GGAAAAAGAGAAGUUACUAGCAAAUCUUUCCCUUCCUUGCGUGGAGGUUUGUUUGCAGUCGGCUGUCCAGUCGAAUCUGUACUAGGAGAGAUGGCGAAUCAGCUCUACGGCUAUAACCCUAGCAGCAAUGCGGGAAUAGCAGCAGGGAGCAACCUGUCUAGGACGACGACGAGAUCCAUGGACGACUAUCUCUCUAUGGAUAAUAAUAAGACAUUACUUGGUUCCUCAAGUUAUUUUGGUUCUUCCGGCUAUUCCUUCUCUUCACCCACUAUGCUAUUCAAUCAAAGUGAUAGUUAUAACCCCUCUGCGAGUAAGAUUCCAGGUUUGGCGGCUUAUCAGUCCUCGUGGACUGCACCUCCUGGAGUCGAUGUUGCGCAACCUCCUGCUGCCGACUCUUAUUUUUCUAGCUUGAAGCGCUCCUCUUCUGAUGCACUGUAUCAUCGGACACUUUUGGGUGCACGUAAUACAAUUGGGCAAGCUGAAGCUUGGUUUUCAGCCAAUCCUUUAGCCAAGCGCCCUAGAUUCGAGAGUGCAAGCAAUUUGUCUAUAUAUCCCCAGAGGCCUGGAGAGAAGGAUUGUGCCCAUUAUAUGCAAACAAGAACCUGUAAAUUUGGAGAUAGCUGCAAGUUUGACCAUCCUAUUUGGGUUCCGGAGGGUGGAAUCCCAGAUUGGAAAGAGGUUCCAGUUAUAACUGAAUCUCUUCCUGAAAGACCUGGAGAGCCUGAUUGUCCAUAUUUUAUGAAGACUCAAAAAUGCAAGUUCGGUAAUAGAUGCAAAUUCAACCACCCCAAAGAUAAUACAGCUCAUUUGGGUUCUGUACAAAAUUCUGAUGUUCCUGUCUUGCCUGAGAGACCUUCUGAACCCUCAUGCGCGUUUUACAUGAAGACGGGGACAUGUAAAUUUGGUGCUACCUGCAAAUUUCACCAUCCAAGAGAUAUACAAUUGCCAUCUCCAAAGCAAGAAAGUGGCUCUGCGGAAAACCCUGGAUCUGCUAAUAAUGAGAUGACUGAGGAUGUGAAUCUCGUCAAGCCGCUUUCUGUUCCAGCUUUAUUGCACAACUCCAAAGGCCUUCCUAUUAGACCGGGUGAAGUUGAUUGUCCUUUCUACCUAAAAACUGGCAGCUGCAAGUAUGGAGGCACUUGCCGUUACAACCAUCCUGAAAGAACAGCUGCUAUUGGUCCUGCCCUUGUAGCCUCUCCUGCAACACAUUUGAACAUUGGAAUGGUUAAUCCAGCUGCCUCUCUCUUGCAAAAUUUAGAUCCAAGACUGACUCAGACAAUGCUUGGGUUGCUUCCACCUGUCUAUCCACAACGACCUGGACAAAUUGAAUGCGAUUUCUAUAUGAAAACUGGGGAAUGCAAGUUUGGUGAAAGAUGCAAGUUUCAUCACCCUCUUGAUCGUUCAGCACCAGUAGUGUCAGCAAAGGAUGUGCAGCAGCCAAAUGUUAAGCUUACUCUUGCUGGUCUACCAAGGAGGGAGGGUGCUGUACACUGUCCAUACUAUAUGAAGACUGGAAUGUGCAAGUAUGGGGCGACAUGCAAGUUUGACCAUCCACCACCCGGAGAGGUCUUGGGUAUGGCAACAUCGCAAGGAGCAUCCUUAUCUGUUGAGGGAGAAGAUACGCUUGAUGUGAAAGAGCAGCAGCAGUAAGGUUAUGGCUGAAAGGCCUUUCUUGUAGUCGCAGUCUAUUUCAAUUACUACUUCUGUUUCCCUUUUAUAGCAAACUUAAGAUUUGUGAGGCAUAAUUUUUCUUGAUGAGAACCUGACAUUUUUAGAGUUCGAACAGUUUCUCGUCCACACCAGAUGAUGAACGUUUUUAUAGCUAUAAUAUGCUUUUUAAUUC